AUGAGUGAGAAAUUGAGGAUGCUGAGCAGUGGCUCUAAGGAUGAAGAUGAUGAGAUGCAGCUUCCGGGAUUUCGGUUUCACCCGACGGAUGAAGAACUUUUAGGGUUUUAUCUUCGCAGAAAAGUUGACAAGAAACCCAUCAGUAUCGAUCUCAUCAAACAGAUUGAUAUCUACAAGCAUGAUCCAUGGGAUCUUCCAAAAACUAGUACUACACUGGACAAGGAAGGAUACUUCUUUUGCAAAAGAGGGAGAAAAUAUAGAAACAGCAUAAGGCCAAAUAGAGUGACCGGGUCUGGAUUUUGGAAAGCAACUGGGAUCGAUAAGGCAGUACAUUCUGAGGGAGGACAAAGGCAAGAGUGCAUUGGACUUAAAAAAACACUAGUAUACUAUCGUGGAAGUGCAGGAAAAGGCACCAAAACUGAUUGGAUGAUGCAUGAGUUUCGCCUUCCCUCCACCGAUACUACCACCACCAAUGCUAAAACCAUUCUCCAAGAAGCGGAAGUAUGGACUAUAUGUCGAAUCUUCAAGCGAAAUAUGUCAUACAGAAAGUACACACCAGAUUGGAGAGACUCAUCUUCUUCUGCUAAACGUCAUUCGAUAUUGGCAUCAACCUCUAAGACAUAUACUAUUGAUUCCAACAAUCAGGAAAGCUACAUUAGUUUUGAAGCUCCUAUUGUUCAUCAUCAUCAUCAUCAUCAUCAUCAAACUAAUAAGCCGAUGAAACCCCUUGUUGAUCAUCAUAUCAACUAUGAGAGGAACCAGCAAUACAUAGCUGCAGAGCAGUUAAGCAAUACCAUUAUCAAUUCGCCAUUAUCUAUGGCGUCGUCUUCAAUUUCAAGCUUUCAGAAUCCAUAUGGGAGUGAGUUGUUGACAUAUGAGAAUUGGGAUGAACUCCGAUCAGUCGUAGAAUUUGCGUUUGAUUCCUCUCUUCCUUGAUUAACUUACUUUAUUUUAUUAUUGUAACACGAAAAUAUAUAUCACUUAUCAUAAUUAUAUGAUACGCAUGUGUUGGAUAAAACAUUGUUAGGUGUACUUUAUUUUUCAAAAAUC